UUGUACUCCCCCAUCAGUUACAAAAAAAUGAUGCAACUAACCAUCCAUGGUUCCGGGUGGUGGGAAGGGAUAAGCAAAAACAACAACGAGCUUGCCAUGGUUAUUGUCACCAUUUCCGCAAUCAUGUUGGCUAUUUUAUGGUACAAACGGACGGCGGCACCCUCGAACGGUGCACCGCCAUUGCCACCGGGUCCACGUUCGUUGCCAAUAGUUGGGUACCUUCCAUUCCUUAGUCCCGACUUACACAAACAGUUUACUAACAUGGCUCACUCCUAUGGCCCCAUUUUCAAGUUUCAUUUGGGAAGCAAGCUUCACGUUGUGAUCAACACCCCAGAGUUGGCAAAGGAGGUGGUUCGUGACCAAGACGAAGCCUUUUCUAACCGCGACAUAACGGUCGCACCCUCUGUACUAACCUAUGGAGGCCAGGAUCUAGUGAUGUCCAAGAACAACGCCAACUGGCGUAAUCUGCGUAAGAUACUUGUGCGCGACCUUCUGAGCAACAAGAACCUUGAAGCAUGUGGUUCUUUACGACAAAACGAACUUAGAAAAACCAUCAACAACUUGUUUGGUAAAAUUGGAACCGUAGUAGAUAUCAGCAAGAUUGUUUUCUUGACAGAGGCGAGCGUUAUAACAAACAUGGUGUGGAAAAACACAUCAUACAACGGGCUGGAAGGUAGUAGUCAUCUCGGAGAUGAGUUGCAAACGGUGUCUUCAAAUAUUGCUGACAUAUUUGGAAAACCAAAUGUAUCUGAUUUCUUCCCUAGUCUAGCAUGGUUGGAUCUACAAGGUAUCAAGCGAGACAUGACGAAGCAACUCGACAAGUUGGAGCAAAUUCUGACAAGCAUCAUUGAAGAUCGGAUCAAAACUAACUUAAAAAGGUCACAAGUAGAUGGAUUUGGGCACGAAGUGGAGAGAGAUUUCUUGCAGAUGUUAUUAGAUAUCAAGGACCAAAAAGAUGCAACAUCUCUUAGCAUUACCCAAAUUAAGGCUCUACUUGUAGACAUUCUGAUUGCGGGAACAGAAACAACCGCAACACUUGCAGAAUGGGCCAUGGCAGAGAUAAUGCAAAAUCAUAACGUAAUGACUAAGGUUCAAGAGGAAUUGGCAAAAAUUGUAGGAGCGAACAGCAUAGUUGAAGAAUCCCAUCUAUCUCAACUAGAAUAUCUAGAGGCAACUAUCAAGGAAACAAUUAGGUUGCACCCCGUAAUCCCUUUCCUAUUGCCACGAUUGCCAAGCCAGGAUUGCAAGGUAGGCGGAUACACAAUCCCAAAGGGUUGUACCGUCUUUCUAAAUGUUUGGUCAAUACAUCGAGAUCCUCGAUAUUGGGACAAGCCCUUGGACUUCAAUCCCGAUAGGUUUUUGACAGACAAAUGUGACUACAAUGGUAACAAUUUGAAGUUCUUUCCAUUUGGAUCAGGAAGGAGAAUAUGUGCAGGUAUUCCGUUGGCUGAGAGAAUGCAAAUGUUAAUCUUGGCUUCGCUGUUGCAUUCGUUUGACUGGAGCUUGCCAACGGGUGAAGAGCAUGACCUUUCAGAAAAAUUCGGCAUUACGCUAAGGAAAAGAAAGCCACUCAUGGCUAUCCCAUCUCAAAGGUUACCCGAUGUGAGCCUCUAUAAUUAAUAUAAUAUAAUGUUUUAAUAUGUACUUAUUUCUACCAAUCCAACAUGCAUUCGAUUUAAUUUCAAGACUUUAGAGCCUUUGUAAUUCAAGGAAAUAAAUGUGUACCACUCUCUUUCAUCA